CUAUAUCCCGGCAAAAUUUCAGUCUUCAAUUCGGCAUCAUCGCGAUUUUACGCAGCGAGUGAUCUGAGCGGUAUUGGUGGCAUGCGCAUUGAACACAUCCACGCUUGCCCCUCCUGGCGGAACGAGUAUUCACGCAAUGACUGUGUCUUUGUUAACACAGACUCUGGUCUACCCGGCUUGCAAGGUCUCGAAGUU